CUGGUCACACUCGUCCACUAUAUAACAAGCACGCCCCUCUUUGUCAGAUCCUGCUUCUAGAUUGUUCCUUGACUGUUCUGUGCUCCACGUCUCCCAUUCUUUCCGGUUCUUCAUUUUAGGGGUGGACUGAGAUCACAUAAAACGAUGGUAAAGGCUGUGGCAGUUCUUAGCAGCGGUGAGGGUGUCACUGGAACUAUUAACUUCAGCCAGGAAGGGGGUGGUCCGACCACUGUAACUGGAAGUCUUGCUGGCCUGAAGCCUGGGCUUCAUGGAUUCCAUGUCCAUGCUCUUGGUGACACCACAAAUGGCUGCAUGUCAACUGGACCACACUUUAAUCCUGCUGGCAAGGAGCACGGUGCCCCUGAAGACGAGAACCGUCACGCUGGUGAUCUGGGAAAUGUUAAUGUUGGUGAUGAUGGAACUGUAAGCUUCACCAUUACUGACAAUCAGAUUCCUCUUAGCGGACCAAAUUCCAUCAUUGGAAGAGCUGUUGUUGUUCAUGCAGAUCCUGAUGAUCUUGGGAAAGGUGGCCAUGAGCUUAGCAAAUCUACCGGAAAUGCUGGUGGCAGGGUAGCUUGUGGUAUCAUUGGACUGCAAGGAUGAACUACCUCUCCGCUCCUGGUUGACAUGAAAUAGGAUGUAUGCGUAUGAUGCUUUGGAACUCUCAACUCUCAAGCAAUAAACUUUUGGAAUCUGAAGUGUGUUAUGCUCCUGUGUAGAUCUAAUGCUUGGUCAAACUGUUACUUUUGACGCUCUGAGUUUUGGUUCGUUGGCUUGUGGCAUGAUAUAUGAUGCAUCUUCUGGAGGAAUAAAAAACGGGAUAUUUAUAAUUA